UUGAGGAUUGCAGGGACAUUACAGCAUUUAGCAGCCCACGGUGAGCUGCCACACUACUUUUGGCUUCCACGGUGUCCACGAAGAGCACAGUCACGAUGAGAUAAGUCAAACAUAGAGAGACAAAUCCACAGUUUGAGCAAAAAACACGUGUAAGUUGUGCGUGGAAGAGUUGGACACGCGAGCCGGCGUGACUGACUUGAGUGACAGACUGCUGCUGUGGGGAAACCACGCGUGUGUGUGGGCUUUGAGGCUGUAGGCGUGACACCAUGAGCCCCAGGGCGUGUAAGAACUGCGGCAGCUCGGACGUCGAUGUGGACCAGGCCCGUGGAGAUGCCGUCUGCAUGGGCUGCGGCUCCGUCCUCGAGGACAACAUCAUUGUGUCCGAGGUGGAGUUCGUGGAGACGGGAGGCGGAGGAUCGCUGGCGGUCGGACAGUUCGUGUCUUCAGAAGGAAGUAAAAAUCCAUCUUUUGGAGACGCUUAUCUCACAGGGAAGGAGUCCAGAGCACAGACUCUGCAGAAAGCGCGACAGCACAUCAACAGCCUGGGUCACCAGCUGCAGAUGAACAAACACUGUCUGGACACGGCCUUCAACUUCUACAGGAUGGCUCUGACCAAAAAGCUGACCCGCGGACGCAAAACCACUCACGUCAUCGCCGCCUGCCUCUACAUGGUCUGUCGCACCGAGGGGACGCCACACAUGCUGUUGGAUCUCAGUGACCUCGUUCAGGUGAAUGUCUACGUCCUGGGGAAAACCUUCCUGGUCCUGGCCAGAGAGCUGUGCAUCAACGCCCCGGCUAUAGACCCGUGCCUGUAUAUCCCUCGCUUCGCCCAAAUGCUCGAAUUCGGGGAGAAGAACCACGAAGUGACCAUGACGGCGUUGAGGCUGGUGCAGAGGAUGAAGAGGGACUGGAUGCACACGGGUCGAAGGCCGUCCGGACUCUGUGGAGCAGCUCUCCUCGUCGCAGCUCGAAUGUACGACUUUAACCGCACUCUCAAAGACAUCGUCGACAUCGUCAAAGUGUGCGAAACGACGCUCAGAAAAAGGCUGACGGAGUUUGAGGACACGCCCACCAGUCAGCUGACCAUCGAAGAGUUCAUGAAGACUGACCUGGACCAGGAGUGUGAUCCGCCCUGCUUCACCGCCGGACUGAGGAAGAAGAAACAACAAUAUCUGGAGAUUGAGUUGAAGAAAAAGAUGGAUGAUGUCGAAGAUGAAAUUCAUGGGUACGAAGACGAAAUAGAUGCGGAACUGCAAAACAGCCGACCCAAACUGAGAGGGAUCUACGCCACCUAUGUCAAAGAAGCCCCUCUUCCAGACGCAGAGGCCGACGGCGACGACAUCCUCUCCAUAACAUCUAAUAUCGACAGCAAUGAACUGAACGAUGAGGAGGAGGAGGAUGUGCUUCAGGCCGUCGCGAAGCACUUUGGCAGAGACCUCGCUGAGCUCACACAGGAAGCUCUGAAGAAACUGGAGCAGGGGAGGCCUGAGGAGGAGGACCAGGACCAGGAUCAGCAGUGGGAGGAAGAGGAGGAGGAGGAGCAGGGUAUCCCCAAGCGAAAAGGCCCGUCGCUGGAGUCCAUCCUGGGCCCGAUGCGCUCAGCCGACACUCUGGGUCUGUCCGAGUCCAUCAGCUGCUGCAUGGGAGACGGGAAGGAAAACGAUGGUGCUGCUGAUGGAGGAGAGCUGGACCUGAGCGGGAUAGAUGACCAGGAGAUAGAGCUGUAUCUGCUGAGUGACAGAGAAAUCCAAAUAAAGACGGCGCUGUGGAUGGCAGAAAACUCAGACUACCUCAAAGAACAGAAAGAAAAAGAGGCAAAGAUAGCAAAAGAGAAGGAGCUGGGAAUCUACAAGGAAAAGAAGCCCAGAGGACCCUCGAAGAAACGUCCUCCGAUCCGAGCGAACACGGCUGACGAGGCCAUCGAGAAGAUGCUGGAGCAGAAAAAGAUCUCCUCCAAAAUCAACUACGACGUCCUGAAGGAUCUGAACGUCAAACCCGGGGCCAGUCCAGCCCAUAAGGCUGAACCCAAGGAGGAGCCCACCUCCGCCAAGCUCCCCGGACGACACCGCAAACCUGCACUGAAGACGCUCAACCUCAGCACGCCGCUAAGCACUCUGGGAAAAAGGCUGCAGCCGUUUUUCGGCGGACAGCCAUCUAAGAAGCUCGCUCUGGAUCAGAGUGCCGGUCCCAGCCCCCAGUCGGUGCCAGCGACAGUACCGGUACCGGUGUCGGCAUCAGUAGCAGCCCCUGCCAACGGUGUAGUGGUGGAGAGUGGGCCCGUGGUCUACGAUGAUGCAGCUGGGGACGAGGAAGACGAGGAGGAGGAGGAGACUUGUGUUAGUGCCAUGGAGCUACUGGGCGGCAACGAUUAUGGCUACGAUGGGGAAUAUGAUGAGGGAUUUUAGCGGUGUCCUCCCUGGAUGGUUGUUCAACUACUACGAGCCAUUGUGCAUCCCUUAAAAUAUCAAACCCAAAGGAAACGGAACAACUGUCAGAGAGGAGGGCUGUGGAUCACAAAGGGAAUCCAGGAUAAGUCUGAGGCUGCAAGAAAAACUCCAAAAGUCAACACGCCUGCUGCCAUUUUGCAUCCCAUCAUAUGGAUGUGGUGAGAUAGAACAAAGGGGACAAGUAUAAUACACCGUGCUGGUCAUAGGAAUGUCGCCUGUAGCUAACGAACUGCAUCAUCUAAUACCAAAAACACUUGAUUUUGUUUGUGAUUUGCUGGUCAAAUAGGUUCAAGCUUUUCGGACACAUAGUUUUGACAGCAUUUCUUCUAUUAUUUUAGUUAGUUUUGACCUCACUCAUGCUUGAGGCUAUUCGAAUGCAGAUAAAACUAUGGAUGUAAAACUGAAAACAGCCAGAAUGUGCCUAUUUUAAAGCUGCACUUACUGUCAUGAGCAAAUUAAAGCAUCAGAGCAGAAACAAAAUACGAUUAAUAGUAGCUUUAAGGGUUUUGUUGUGGUUUUCAGGACAGUAUAAAGAAAAAAUAGAAUGUUUUUGUCUAUAAUCUUGCACUUUGCAUUCACUCAAGUACUUAACAGUAUCAGACAUCUGAACGCACUCACAGUUCGUCAUUUCUCUGCUUAACAAAACCCGAACAAGCGUUUAAUAUUCAGGUAGCGUGAGAUCAAUCAUGUUUGUCUUCUGUCCAGGUCAAAGGUCAGGUGAAUUUUUUGCUGAUGCCUUAGCUGUUUGCUGAACAGACCAAAGUAUUCCAAAAGUGUUGGCUUUUCCACACUUAAAGCAAUCCCAGGUUACGUGCCAAUGUUUGCUGAGAUGCUGAAUAGAAAAAUAGAUUAGUUAGUUUAGUUUGAAUAUGCUGUGUUCGGGGUUUUCUUAAUUGUAUUGGAUGAAAGUCUCUGUUAUUAUAUUAAUUUAUAAGUUUGUGUCAUUGGUUGAUGUUCUUCAGGUUGUGAGAGGCUGUAAAGUGUACAUACAUUCGCUGAACUAAUAUAUUUUCCACCUGAUCAGAGACUAGUUCUAUUUUGUAUUCAAGCUUUUAUGCUUUUGAUUUUGUUUUGGGCCACUAACAGUUUGGAGGUGAAAGAGAUCGCAGCCUCUAUUUUGUGUCGACACAUCAGUAUUUAA